AAAUAAUACAAUUAUAGUAGCAAAGACUUACCUAAAAUUAGAGAGGCAGUUAAGAAACAUUCUUUAAGCCCUUCGUUAGAUGACACUAACUGCUGUGGGAGCUUGAAAGCCCACCUGGUCAGCAAACAUUAGUUAAGAAGGAAAAACAACUUAAAAAGAAACCCUUUGAAUUCAUCAGUUAAAAUAAAAUUUUAGACAACAAAGAGAAUUUAAAAGUGUGAAAAAGUCUUAUCAUACCAGAAAACAAUAACAUAAUAGCUAGUACUUCCUGCAGUAUGAUCAAAAGUCAUGAAGAGGGCUAUCAUCCAAGUGAUGAGUUCUUGAAAGGACAGAGGGAUGUCAUCUGAAGCAACAAGUACCUAAGGUAAAUUUGUUCUUCAAAAAAGCAGAGUAUCUGCAGCUAGCAAGGCUACAACUUAUAAGGAUUAUGAUAUUUUAUAGUAGCCCUUUUUACAUUUAGUUCUGUCUUCAUUAAAAUGAUUCACUGGUAUUAUUUAAGAUAGAUCUGCUUAUGUGUUUGUAUACGUGUGCACAUACAUGAGUUGGGAAAGGACAUAGCAAAUAAAUGUAUUGUACAACAAAGGUUAGAGAAGCUUUUGUUUUAACCUGACAUUUAUUUAAAGUACAUGACAGUAGAUCUUUAAGCUUAUCUCCCUUUACCAUUGUAAAACUGAGUUACUUAGUAUGACUAUAGUACCAGGUAAUCUACAUCUACAGUAUUGCUCUACAAUACGUUGCAGACUUUCAUCCUGUAUCAGGAUGAUGUGUCAUUCAUCAAAACUGUCAACAACAGUGUGGCCUGCCAUUCAUAGCAAUAAUCCUAGAAUCCUCAAGAUUACCAGUCAUGUUUACUUUACAGAACGUCAGUUGUUCUGCAUUCUCCUUCACUGCUCAGCAGCAUUCACUAUUCCUUUGGGUAUCUCGACCGGUGUCAGAAACAAUUCAGCAAAGCAUACAACAAUAACAGUUACAGUUCUCUCUUAGUGCUUGAGGGUGGCAGAGAUCGAAACACGGACUUUCAGUAACUAAAAGGUAGCUAUGGAGAAGAUGGGGUUACUUUCCUCACAAGGAUGCAUGGUGACACAACAAGAGGUGAGGGACACAAGUUGCUUCAAGGAAAACUCUGUCUGGAUGUAAGACAAAAUCAGUGAUGCUAAGAACAGUAACACACUGGAGUAGGUUGCCCAGAGAAGUGAUGAAAUCUCCCUUGCUGGAAAUACUCAAGUCUCAGCUUGACAGGACCCUGGGUAAUUUGUAAGACCCCGCUUUCCACAGCAGGUUGAACCUGAUUAACUCACUUUUCUAUGACUGCUUCUAUAGCAUUGCAUAUAGCAUAGACAUUUUGGCCCAGAAAGUGAGCUUUGUGUGAUCUUUUCAAAAGCACCUAAAAGCAGAAUUUGAACUGGAAAGCUAUGAUAUAUAUAAGAAUAGGUGAUAGCUUUUGAUUGCACUGCUUCCCUCUUCAUAGGACAGCUAUCAGAUGGAGUGAUCCUAUGGCCUUAACUGUAUUAUAUACUCAUUCCUUUAAACAUCUUUGAGUUUCUUCAUAGUCACAAGUCAUUAAUCCUUUUAUUGUUGUACAUGGUACAGCAUGAAUGAGUUAUACUGAAGCAGUAACAAAGAGAGAAGUCAAGGCACCAUACAAACACAUUUCAAUAUUGUCUGCCAUUUCUUUCCAGUAUCUUUGAAAAUAAAUAAAUCUGUUCAGUAUUCUUGGUGACCAUACAAAUAUGUAUGCCAUAUUUAUGGAAGGAGCCACCAGUCCUGUGUUCCCAUGGAAGAAAAUCCUGUCAGCGCAACUAAUGGAUGUCAGAUGGAUUAGCUUAGGAGAGCAAACAAGUGCACUGUCAAAACCAUGUCAUCAACCUACAGCCUAUUCGUAGUGAUAUUAUACACUCCACUGCUUCCCAUCACAGCCCAGGACAAUCACAAUUCAUGUUCAGAGUCAUCUGGUCUUGCAAAAAUUGACACAGCAUAGCUAAUAAUCCACUAGAAUUCAGAAACUAUACUGGAUUUUAAAAGGCAGCUUUAUUUUUGUGCCUUGCAUUUAAGGCAGAUUAAAUAAAUCAAAAUGGGUCAUUAUUUGUAUGUUACAGCUGUCCAGUUAGAGUUGACAGACACUCUGCAUGGCCUGUCGACUGAUUAAGAGGCAGAAUAAGUCUCUGAGAGUCCUAAAUGGAUGAGGGAGGUGAAGGGGAAGAUUGUGACAAAGUAAAAAAUCAAAGGCUGAUGGAGUAACUCACUGGAAAUAGUUGCACUUCUACACAAGCGACAGAUACCAUCUAAAACCAAACAAACAAAACCAAAACCACCAGAAAACACAGGAAGAAAACUGGAUGAGCAAAUUACAGAUUUGAAGACGAAAUCAGAACAAACUGUCACUGUUCUACAUCAGAAAACUGGACUGAAUCUUCUGCAAGGUGAAGAACAAACAACACACAAUGAAAGGUAAAAGGCUUUUGGUUUUGAGUGUCACCUUGUUAAUAUAUGCAGCUCAUGGAUGUCCUGAUAAAUGCCUAUGCCAUACAGCUUCGAAGACUGCAGACUGCAAGAACAGAGGCUUUACUGAAAUUCCUGCCCGUUUACCUCCUGAAAUUCAGAUACUACAGUUGCAGAAUAACCAUAUUUGGAGAAUCAACCAAAAUGCAUUCACUGGAACACCAUUGCUCAAAAUCUUAGACUUGUCUAAUAAUUCUCUCUCAAGUUUGGCACCGGGUGCUUUCCAAAAAUUACGGUAUCUACAGGUUCUAAACCUAACCAGAAAUUUGAUUCAUUAUAUAGAAAACAAGACUUUCAGUUUCCUCCCACACCUAAAAGAACUGGACUUGUCAUCCAACAGCAUUAUACGUUUGCCUGAGACUUUCGGAAACAGCACAGGGAAUAUAACAUUGCUGUCUGUGAAGCAUAACAAACUUCAGAAAAUGGAAAGAGUUCUGCUGGAGUCACUUCCAAACUUGAAAGUGGUCCUUUUCAAAGAUAAUCCCUGGCAAUGUAAUUGUAAUGUCUUUGGCCUGAAACUGUGGCUGGAGAGCUUUUUGUACAGAGGAGGAAUAAGUGAUGGCAUUAUCUGCUCAGCACCAGGGAUUCGGAAAGGAAGGGACCUCCUCAAAGUUCCCUAUGAGCUCUUUGGGGCAUGUCCUCUUACAACAGCCCACGUCCAUCUGGCCAGCAUUCACCACCACAGCUUUGAGCACAGAAGUUCUCCGAAGCACGCUCAUCAUCACCACGAGCACGGGGACAGCAGCCGGCCAAACUGUGAACCCAAACCAAAGCCAAGGCCUGUUAGCUUGCGUCAUGCAAUUGCCACUGUAGUCAUAACUGGAGUUGUCUGCGGAAUUGUGUGUCUAAUGAUGUUGGCAGCUGCUGUUUAUGGUUGUGCCUAUGCUGCAAUUACUGCGAAAUACCACAAAGAACAUUUGGCCCCGGUCAGACAGCAUGGGACUCCUGAGGAAAAAGAGCCAUUUGAUAGUUCCUUGGCUUGAGUUACUUUUGUCUUCAGUUUCUUGCAAAUAAAGCCCUCGCUUCUGUUAAAAAGCCUGGAAUCUAAAUAGGAUUGAUUUUAUAGUAAUUACUGCUUUAUUUUCCUGCUUUUUCACGCUGUUUUUUAAAAUGUAAAUAUAUAUGCCUUGGAAUAUAUAUUUAGACUUUAUUUAGAAGCUUGUAAGUUUAUUUAUAUUUUGUGUGUGUAUAUUCUGAAGCCACUACUUGAGGUUAAGUGUUUGAGAUACAGAAAUCCUGAUGCACUUUAACAGAUUAUAUUCUCCAUUACCAGCUUCUGAUGUAAUAUAGUACAACAUAUCAGUUAUGGUGCAGCUACAGUCAGCAGCGAAUAUGAGUGAGCUUUCUGCAAAGAAAAAUACAAAGUAUCUACAAAUGACUGACUAUAUUUUAAGAACUUAAAAUAGCUGGUAUGUAUCCAGAAAUACAAUUCGCAAUCAGUUUUAGAACUGGCCAGCCUACACGCUGACAUUGAUAACUUUAACAUGUGUUAAAAAUAUUUCCAAAUACAUAUUUCCACCUUCCAAUCUGUCCUAGAAGAAUUAAAAAUGAACUAUAUUCUCUGAUUUAAAAAAAA